AACUCGAGGCUCGAGCUACCUGCUGGAAUACCGAAGAACCGAUCCGCAGAACUGGCGCGAGCGACCUAAUCCACUAACGACAUGCCGAGACACUUUAGGAAAGCGCUUGCGAGUAACUUAAAAUAAUUCACUUUAUAUGGAAUUAUUAAUAAAACGCACCGGUUCCGUUUUACGUCGCAGUCAGUGUGUUGUAGGAAUGCGUUGGAGUUUGUGGUCUGGUCGACUCCAACAGAUGAUCGCCUUUGAACAACAGCGGAGUUGUUUAUGAACUGGGGAAGAUUUGAAGUCAGGAGAGGAGACGAGGGGAGGGAGCAGAGGAGAGGGGCGCCCAGAAAACGCCCUGCUGCUCAAUCCUCUCAAAAUUAAAAGUUUAUCGCGCCGUUGAUGGCACGCUCGCAUUAAAGGAUGGGAAGUUUGAUUCCGCUCAUUUAUUUAAAGUAACCACUUCAUAGAUUGUUUUGAGGGGAAAGUUUGGAAAACCUCAAUCUUUCCCAUUGGAUUAUUUUUUUUCUUCCGCUUUAUUCUGGACAAGCCCGGGGUACUUUUUGGAGGGCGGCGAGUCGGAGGCUGUCUAGGCCCGCUGCUCGACAACUUGAAAGAAGAUCUUGUAUCUUUAAUGUGAACCAGAAAAGUUGGGCAGAUCGCUCAUCAUUGCUCAGACUGGCGCCAGGACAAAGCAAAAAUGUCGCUAGGAGCGGAGAGAAGGAUGGAAAACCGGCUGAGACAACUGGAAGCCAUGCUCAAAGAGCCGCGGUCUGCGAUCAACGUGGAAAGUUUGCUGGAUUCCAUGAAUGCCCUGGUUUUAGAUUUGGACUUUCCGGCCUUGCGUAAAAAUAAGAACAUCGAGACCUUCUUGAACAGAUAUGAGAAGGUUAUGGGCCAAAUAAGGGAGCUCCAGAUGAAGCCAGAUGAUUUUGACCGAGUGAAGGUGAUCGGUAGAGGAGCAUUCGGAGAAGUCCAGCUGGUUAGGCAUAAGGCCUCUCAGAAGGUGUAUGCAAUGAAGGUGCUCAGCAAGUUUGAAAUGAUCAAGCGUUCAGAUUCUGCCUUCUUUUGGGAGGAGCGUGACAUCAUGGCGUUUGCUGACAGCCCGUGGGUCGUGCAGCUGUGCUGUGCGUUCCAGGAUGAUCGUUCUCUCUACAUGGUAAUGGAAUAUAUGCCAGGAGGAGAUCUUGUCAAUCUCACCAGUACAUACGAUGUUCCAGAGAAGUGGGCAAAGUUUUACACUGCUGAGGUUGUGUUGGCUCUGGACGCCAUUCACUCCAUGGGCUUUAUUCACCGAGACGUCAAACCGGACAACAUGCUGCUGGACCGCUACGGACACCUCAAACUUGCUGACUUUGGGACCUGCAUGAAAAUGGAUGGGACAGGGAUGGUUCACUGUGACACUGCGGUCGGGACCCCUGAUUACAUCUCGCCGGAGGUUCUCAAGUCUCAGGGAGGGGACGGAUACUACGGACGCGAGUGUGACUGGUGGUCAGUGGGAGUAUUUAUCUACGAGAUGCUGGUUGGUGAUACACCGUUUUACGCCGAUUCUCUGGUGGGGACCUACAGUAAGAUUAUGGACCAUAAGAACUCUCUUAACUUUCCUGAUGACGUUGAGAUCUCUCAAGAAGCCAAAAACAUCAUCUGUGCCUUUCUGACAGAGAGGGAGGUUCGCCUGGGUCGAAAUGGCAUAGAAGAAAUUAAAAGACAUCCUUUCUUUAAAAAUGACCAGUGGACCUUCAGCACCAUUAGAGAGACUGCAGCACCUGUGGUUCCAGAGCUGAGCAGUGACAUAGACACCAGUAAUUUCGAUGAGAUAGAGGAAGAUAAAGGAGAAGUAGAGACCUUUCCCAUAUCCAAAGCCUUUGUUGGCAAUCAGCUGCCAUUUGUGGGGUUCACCUACUUUAAAGAAGACCAGUUGUUGAAUGCUGUUAACAGUUCAGCAAUGAAAGAUCACCCAGCAUCCAAUACAGAGGACAAUUUAGCACUCCAGAAGAAACUUCACUCUCUAGAAGAGCAGCUCAACAAUGAAAUGCAGGCCAAAGAUGAGCUGGAGCAAAAAUACAGAAGCAACAGUAGCCGCCUAGAGAAGAUCACCAAAGAGCUUGAUGAAGAAAUAAAUAGCAGAAAAGGAUUGGAGACGACUCUGAGACAGUUGGAGAGAGAGAAAGCUCUCCUACAGCACAAGAACGUAGAGAGUCACCGCAGGGCAGAGAGUGAAGCGGACCGCAAACGCUGCCUGGAGAAUGAAGUGAACAGUCUGAAGGAUCAGCUGGAUGAAAUGAAGAAGAAAAACCAGAACUCGCACAUCUCCAAUGAGAAGAACAUCCACCUGCAGAAACAGCUGGAUGAGGCAAAUGCGUUACUGCGGGCAGAAACUGAUGCUGCUGCGCGGCUGCGUAAAACUCAAACCGAGAGCUCAAAACAGCUGCAGCAGCUGGAGGCUCACGUGAGAGAACUGCAGGACAAAUGCUGCAUGCUAGAGAACAGCAAACUCACGCUAGAGAGAGACAACAUCAGCCUGCAGGCCGCGCUGGACACAGAGAAACGAGAGCAAACCCAGGGCUCUGAGACCAUCUCUGAUCUACAGGCACGCAUCUCUGGUUUGGAGGAGGAAGUGAAACAGGUGAGACAGGCACUAUCUAAAGCUGAGACGGAGAAGAGACAACUUCAGGAGAAGCUUACAGAUCUGGAAAAGGAGAAGAGCAAUAACCAGAUUGACAUGACCUAUAAGCUGAAGAUGUUGCAGCAGGGGUUGGAGCAGGAGGAGGCGGCACACAAGGCCACAAAAGCUCGACUUGCCGACAAGAACAAAAUCCGCGAGUCCAUCGAAGGAGCAAAAUCUGAAGCUGUGAAGGAGCUGGAACAGAAGCUGCAGGAGGAGCGUUCCUCUAAACUGCGUGUGGAGAACAGGGUGUUAGAACUGGAGAAGAAGAACUCCAUGCUUGACUGCGACUAUAAACAGUCACUGCAGAAACUAGAUGAACUGCGACGACACAAGGAGAGACUCACAGAAGAGGUGAAGAAUCAGAGUCUGAAGAUCGAGCAAGAGGUUCAGAAACGCACUUUGACUCAGAAUGACCUGAAGGUCCAGAACCAGCAGCUUAGCACCCUGCGAACAUCAGAGAAACAGCUCAAACAGGAGACAAACCACCUGUUGGAAAUCAAACGUAGCCUGGAAAAACAAAAUAUGGAACUGCGCAAGGAGCGUCAGGAUUCUGAUGGGCAGAUGAAGGAGCUGCAGGAUCAGUUGGAGGCAGAGCAGUAUUUCUCUACGCUGUACAAGACACAGGUGCGGGAGCUGAAGGAAGAGUGUGAGGAGAAAAAUAAACUCUAUAAAGACAUGCAACAGAACCUACAGGAGCUGCAGGAGGAAAGGGAUUCUCUUGCGGCUCAGUUGGAGAUCACACUAACGAAAGCUGAUUCGGAGCAGCUGGCGCGCUCCAUUGCAGAAGAGCAGUAUUCUGACCUGGAGAAGGAGAAGAUCAUGAAGGAGCUGGAGAUCAAAGAGAUGAUGGCCAGACACAGACAGGAGCUCGCUGAAAAAGACACCACCAUCACCUCCUUAGAGGAAGCUAAUCGCACAUUGACGAAUGAUGUGGCAAACCUGGCCAAUGAGAAGGAAGAACUCAACAACAAGCUAAAGGAAACACAGGACUACCUGCAGAAUCUGAAAAAUGAAGAGCAGUCCAUCACUCAAGGGAAACUUGCCCUUGAGAAACAGCUUCAGUCGGAGAGAACUCUCAAAACACAGGCAGUGAACAAGCUGGCGGAGAUCAUGAACAGAAAGGAGGUCAGAGGUGGUGGAAGUCGCCGUGGAAAUGAUACGGACGUGAGGAGGAAGGAGAAAGAAAACAGGAAGUUGCAACUGGAGCUGCGUUCCGAGAAGGAGAAGCUCAACAGCACUAUCAUCAAAUACCAGAGAGAAAUCAACGACAUGCAAGCGCAACUGGCAGACGAGUCUCAGGUGCGUAUCGAGCUGCAGAUGGCUCUGGACAGUAAAGACAGUGAUAUUGAGCAGCUGCGCGGCCUGUUGAACUCUCUUAACAUCCAGUCGCUCGACUCUGCCAGUAUGAGCAGCGGCCCGGACAUGGACACUGACGAGUCACUAUCAGAGACAAGACUGGAGGGUUGGCUUUCUUUACCAGUGAGGAACAACACCAAACGCUUCGGGUGGGAAAGGAAGUAUGUUGUGGUGAGCAGCAAGAAGAUUCUUUUCUACAACAGCGAGCAGGACAAAGAGCAUUCCAAUCCUUACAUGGUUUUGGACAUAGAUAAACUUUUCCAUGUGCGUUCGGUAACCCAGACGGACGUCUAUCGUGCUGACGCCAAAGAGAUCCCCAGAAUAUUCCAGAUCUUGUACGCUAAUGAGGGUGAGAGCAAGAAAGAGCAAGAACUGGAACCUCUUCCUGGAGACAAGUCCAGCUACAUUUGCCAUAAGGGUCAUGAGUUCAUUCCCACCCUGUACCACUUCCCCACGAACUGUGAAGCCUGUACCAAGCCCCUGUGGAACAUGUUCAAACCACCUCCAGCUCUCGAAUGCAGACGAUGCCACAUCAAGUGCCACAAAGACCACAUGGACAAGAAAGAGGAAGUCAUCGCUCCCUGCAGAGUGAACUACGACGUGUCUACGGCCAAAAAUCUGCUGCUGUUAGCAUCGUCCCAGGAGGACCAGCAGAAAUGGCUUAGUCGGCUCAUGAAAAAGAUCCCUAAAAAACCUCCAGCACCAGAAGCCCCUCACCGCUCCUCUCCCAGAGUUCCUGUUAAACUACCAAGCAGUCAAUCCAUGAGGAGACCCAGCCGACAAAUACCCUCCAGCAAACCCAGGUCUGUGCACAACGUAAAGGAACCAACAGCAUGUCCGGAGAAAUCUGGCUUCAUCUACCACAAGGGCCAUGAGUUUAUUCCUUUAUUCUACCACUUUCCUGCCAACUGUGAGGCCUGUACCAAACCCCUGUGGAACAUGUUCAAACCUCCUCUGGCCUUGGAGUGCCAGAGAUGCCAGAUCAAAUGCCACAAAGAGCACAUGGACAAGAAAGAGGAAAGUCUCAGACCCUGUGCUCCAGACCCGUUCAACCCCCAAUUCAGCACGGGGUGAGAGGAGAACAAGGCCAACUUGGAAGUUUGAAUGAUGGAUGUUUAGCUUUAGCAUGCUUCAGUAACAUCAUUCAAGAGCUUUCACAGCUUAACUAGCAGAAUAACACUUGACGGUCUUUGCUAAUGGUGGCUAACUGGAUAUAAAGCUUAAACAGUGUUACGCUGGGCUACUUUUUGUAACUUGGGAUGCAAGAUAACAGCUUGGGCAUUAACGAAGCACGUUUUGUCUUUUGUAUCUAACUCAGGUUUUUAAUUGUGAUUAGUAACUAAAUACUGAAAGUAUACAUCAGAUGUCUCACAGAGAGGCCUGUGUCUUUAACUUGAUUGCACAUUUAGUACCAAACUCAAGAUGCAUACAGAUGUACAGCCUUUACAGCUUCAGCAGACAUUAAGCCGUGGCCAGUCUUAUUUUUAAGGUUCAGCUUAGUUCUAGUAAUUACCUCUUAUGUGCCAAGUAGUCACCUAAGCUAACUUCCUCCAGACCUUCCCGAGACGGUCUGUAGUGAGGUUGGUGAAGGCUUGGCUCAAUGCUUCAUUCAUUCUCCUCCACCUGCAGGCCUCUGGAUUCUGAGCUUCAGGACUGGCACUGGGCUCUGGAUGACGUGGAUGAUAUAGAUUAUGACCAUAUGUUUAAUUUCUGAGGAGCAUGUGUAGGGUUCAAACAGGGUAACUACUUACAUUGGGGCUCUGUUCCAAAACCUCCUAACCCACCUGCUUUGGCAGCAUUUAGAUUAUUUGCUGUAAUGUAAUGCAUAAGAGGGGGAUCUUAACAGUCAGUCAUUCUAGUAAUUUGAUAUCAUAAACGUUAUUGAAUGCUAAAUGUAGAAUAAAUUAAGAUAUUUUUGAUAUACCCUCCCAUAGACGGCAAGUGUCUUUACUCAAUCAGGGUUACCCCGUCGCCAUUUUGGAGAUGAUCCACUGAACAGACGCAAUAAAUGAUAGGAUACGCUGUUUACGGUUUACAAAGACGUGGUCUUAUGGGUUUGGAACAACAUGAGGGUAACUAAUGACAGAAUUUUCAUUUCUGGGUGAACUGUCCCUUUAAAAUAAAGGGUUACCAUAAAAUGAUAUUAAAGUGGUGUUAAUUAUUAACAUAAAUGUAAUUUAUUAUUAAAAAGUGACAAAAACCAGUUGAAUCCAAUUGAAAAUGAUAUUUUAUCCAAGAUUUGUAUGUGUAGGCUAUUGUAUGUGUAAAUAUUUUUAUGCUAACACUAAACUGCUCACUUGGUUUUGGAACAGAGUCAUGCAGUGCCUAUUUUUUUGUGUGCAGUGGGUUUCGUUUGCUUUUGAAGCUAAUUUAAGCAUGCGAGUGUGUUAACUCUGUGUGUGUGAAAGAUUUGGCCAAAAUGGGAUAUGGAGAAUUUGCCAUAAUCCAAAAGAAGUUUCUGUACCGAUUCUCAUGAACACCCUCUGCCCUCCAAUGCAAAGCUGAAUUGUUUUUCCAAUCUAAUGAAGAAGAGGUUUGUUCAGAGAAUUGGUAUUUGGCCUGCUUGUGUUUCUUAUUUGACCUUUGACCCUCUUGCCCUAGUCCCCCUCGACUGGACACUCCAAAGAUGAGGCGAGGAGACUCCACCAACAACCUUCUGAACAAAUGAGUCCGUUUGAUUACCAUGUUUACAAACUGUUUAUCAAGAAGACAUUUCAGCUGUACUGUAAAAGGAAAAAACUGGAAGAGAACGUGCAUCAAAACAGUAUUUUUAUUUUUUAGGUCUGUUUUGUUCCCUUUUGCAAUAAAAGUUUGAGACCUGU